AUGGCAAGCUUCGAUACAAAACGACUUCUGUCAAUCCAAUCCCAUGUGGUGCAUGGCUAUGUUGGCAAUAGAGCUGCAACUUUUCCUUUACAAUUACGAGGAUGGGAUGUCGAUGCCCUAAAUUCUGUUCAUUUGUCGAAUCAUACUGGUUAUGGAUCUUUUCGUGGAACUAAAGCAUCUGCUGCUGAAAUUAAAGAUGUAUAUGAGGGACUGAAAGAGAUUGGAUUUGAAUACGAUGCCAUUUUAACCGGCUACGUUCCUACAGCUGAGGCUUUAGCCACUGUUGGCGAGAUUUGUCAAGAUAUAUCUGAGAGAUUCCCCCACUCGAUAUGGGUGCUAGAUCCUGUUAUGGGAGAUGAAGGUAAGCUGUAUGUGUCAGAAGCUGUCAUUCCAAUCUACAAACGAAUUAUUAAAGAAGGUAAUGUGACUAUUGUCACCCCUAAUGCUUUUGAAGCAGAGAUUCUCACUGGCAUCAAAAUCACCUCGGUUGAGACCGCCAAACAGGCCAUGCAGGUUCUUCAUACCGAGUAUAAUGUACCCAAUGUGGUUCUAUCGUCUGUGACUCUUCCUGAUUCCGACUCGACUUUAUAUGCAUUUGGAUCCACCAAAAAGUCCGACGGCACUGCCAGAGCAUUUUAUUUUGGUUUCCCUGUUCUCAAAGGCUACUUCACUGGUACUGGCGAUUUAUUUGCUGCUUUGACUCUAGACAGAUUUCACAAAUAUGCUGGCCAUGGUGAUGACGGAAAACAGAGAAGACCUGCCCCUGACUCUGUGCCUGCCGACCAGCUGCCACUUUUCCUUGCUGUCAAGGACGUCCUAGGCAUGAUGCACUCGGUUCUCGAACGUACCCUGCACUUUUCGAAAUCGCUCGGUGGUACGCUUGUAGGUGUUAUUGGCGACGCCGAGAGCAUGAAGUCUCUUGAGCUGCAGGUUGUCCAGUGCAAAGACAUUAUUCUACCAGAAACCGCUCCUCUUUACAAGGGCCUCCAGAUCAACCUUAUUCCAUAG